AUGAGGCGGUCGAACAGCUCUCUGCCCGUCAGAGAUGCUUGUCGCGCUUGGUCGCAAGCCAGCUCGCAGCGGCGUGCCUUGACCUCAGCUGCAAUCUAUCCUGGCUACGCCUGGCCUUCUUCCAGCUCGGCCUCGACUUCCAGCACCUCCUUUCAAGCGCCUUUCACUUUCACAUUCUCGGCGGGUAGCUCAUCUUCACCAAAAACGAAAGCUUCAAGACGCAGCCGCUCCAUCUUCGCCUUCUCUUACUCCACAUCCAACCCCGCAUACCCACUGCCUGGCUCCAACAACGAGAUCGACCCUCGCGGCGUCGACUACUCCCUAUUUGAAGCGGAAGACGACACAUAUAGUCCUCAAGCCUCAACAUCUACCGUUACGCAGCCCACAACGGUGGCAGAGCAAGAUGGCUUCUUCACCGCCGCCCCGUCACCCUCCGACACGCCCCUCUCAGCACCUACCCAGCUGCUCGUCCGUCUCCUCAAAUCACAGGAAUUCGAAGCAGCCACCACAGUGCUCAACGAGCUCCGGACUCUCAAUUCGCCUCUCGACGAGCCGCACCCUAUCUUCGCCAGCGCCGCGCUCUGGGCCAUCCGCAACGGCAAGAAGAAGGAUAUGCUCUCGUGGAUGCGCCUUUGCCCCGGGUACGUCGGCGGCUCCAAGUACCUCAGCACAGCUUCCUCGGCGAACUACAUCACGCAGGUGCGUGCGACAUCGAACACCUUUCGCAAGUGCUUCAUGGUGAUGCUCGACUCGUACGGGGACGAUCUGCGGCUGUUGCAGCAGGCGAGCAUGGUAGCGGUGCAAAAGGGGUAUUGGGGAUUGCUGCAGUCGACGCUCGCUCAAAUCCUGCGUUUUGGCGUCAGCAGAGGGGCAGGUCUGGAUGCGUCCAAUCCGGAGGUGGCCUGGGAGUACUUCCAUCGAUUGCUGCUGGCGAAUCAGAGUCAGAGGGGGCUGAGGGAGGAAGGGAGGCGGCAGGAGAUCAUGAGUGCGACGGUGGAGUUGAGGGCGCUGUACAAUCUGGGGAUUAGGACGCUAGCAUUGGCGGGAAGGUUAGAUGAUGCCAUACACUGGGCGAAUAGGUCGCUGCCUGUGGAGAGCUCGCAACGUGCGCUGGCGCAGAUUCUGGUCAUCGAGCCGUUCACGGAAAACAUGCUCAUGGAAGAGCUCGUCAAGGCCGGGUCGACGUACCUGGAACGAGCAAGGAAGCUGGCGGACGGGCUGGCAAGGUCACCAGUGAGGUUGGCAAAGCAUCGGCCCAUCAGCAUCGACGCUAUAAUCGCGCGAGUUGAACGCGAAGCAACGCUCAGUGCGGACGACACGGAGUACGCAGACAGACCAAUGACUGCGCUCGACAGCUCUCUCCAGACGCACCUCGAGCAAGGCGACGUAGUUGCAGCCCGCGAGUACCUUCUCUCCGUUCUCCGAUCAGUGACACGCGUACGAAAGGGCGAAGACGACACACCAUUCGAACCCAACGAAUCUAUCCAACCCACCUUCGACCACCUUCCCUCAGCACGCGUCCUCUCCGACCUGCAGGACAUGACUCACAAGCUCGGCACCAUCGCAGUCACCUCCUCGCUCACCGAAACGGACAUGCAUCAACCCUCCGACUCCUCCCUUUCAUCAGAGACGUUGACGGCGGAAGACUUUCUGCGUCCCAUCCGCACCCGUUUGCUUUCGACUCGCGGCGGCAAAGGCCUAUGGGAGACCGCUCGGCUCUACGGCUUCGUGAGGAAAGGCAAGUGGCGCGACGCGGCCCAGUUCUACACAGGCAAAGCGGGCUUCAAGCUCCCUUCAGGCGGAAUAUCGACCGAGCUCGUAAGCGUUGCGCUCGACGGACACGCUGCGAUCGAGAAAAAGGAGGCGCUGGUUCACGCACAGAGAUGGAGAGGUCGGCACUGGCCCAGCACGCAUGCGGUGAAUUUGUUGCUUAAGGCGCUCACGAAUGUGUGCGUGGAAGAGGGCGAUUUUGGGCGUUUGCAAAGGGUGUAUGGGAUGUGGAAGGGGGCUUGCUUGCCAAGGAGCUCGUCAGAUGGGACGUCGUUAGACGGGACUUCGUCAGAAAGCGGGGACGGCGCUUCAUCAGGCAGUGCUUCGUCAGGCAAGCCUCCGUCACACAGUCCGUCAUCAUCCGAUCCACCGUCGAUCACUCCCCCGUCAGCCCCCUUGCAGGAGGCAGAAACGAGCGCGUUGACGUUCGACCACUGGCCCCCUUCGCAACGACCGUCAAGCCACACGUUCGAUCCAUUCCUCCGCGCCUUUGCGCGCCUCCACACGCCGAGCUCGUCAGAUUCCACCUCUGCAGCGGACUGGCGCGCGUUCGGCUCGAGCCAAGUGGUCCUCUCCGUGCUGCGCGACAUGACGCACUUUGGCGUCCGACCAGGCAUCAGCAGCUGGACCAUUGCGCUCGAGUGUCUGGCGCGUGAGGGUCGAGAUCGAUGGAAGAGUACCACGGCGACGCUUGCGCAGGCGGUGGGGAUCAAUACUGCCCCGCUCAUCCACUCCCAUUCCGAAGAAAGGAAGACGGCGCCCCGCUCGGGAAAGAAUGGUAGAGUGGAGUCAGAGGGCAUUUCAGAGCGAGUGACGGCGUCACAACCGGGUUUCCCGGCGGCAACGCUGGGAACGUAUACCGCGCUCAUUCACGCCCUGGUUCGCGUACCCGCUGCUGACGGUGGGAGUAUGACGCAGCAGGCGAGCGGCGUGAGGGACGAUCUGCUCGCCCGCACUUCGGGCCUGGACAGCAACGUGCCCAGGGAGACGCUGAACGACGAGGACGAGGGAGAGUUCUGGCAAGAUCUACUGCAAAGGUGGCAAAUGGUGAUGGAGGCAAGAGAUGAAGGGGAUAAGAGGAGAGUGUGGGCUGCGGAAGAGGUGCUCAAGGGCAACAGGGGACGAACCCUGGAGGCGAUGAGGGAGGUGUGGUCGUUGGAGAGGUCUGCUGCUGGGGGCGAGGGAAGUGCAUAG